GAGACAUACAUUUAUCACGCCUGGUACGCUAUGAUAAUUAUUUUUUUCUCGAUGGAUUUUUAAGGAAUUGUUAUGCUGCUGCAUCUGAAUGAAAGACAUUCCAGUAAAACUACAUUCUGUUUCUAAUAUCUUAUUGAUCACUAUUUUAAUGUAAACUAUUGACAGUAUAAUUACUACCAUGUUAUAGACUUACACCCAUAGUCCAUUAGUUCUGUUAGAUAAUUAUAGAUUUUGCCUUGAUCAAGUUGUUUUGAUAACAAGCUUUAAAUCCUUUAGCAUAUUCCUGCAGUUUUGUUGGGCUUGAUUGAUAGAUUCUACAUGCUUUUACUUUAUGACGUUCUGUUCAAUGCCAUGAUCAACACAGACUUACCUUCUGCUUUAAUAUACUUUGAAUUUAGGAAGUUGACGAGUUAGAAAUUUACCAUGACGGUGACAACACAUGAUGCUGUAGUGAUCAGGUGUGAUGCCCCACCAACAGGAUCUCCACCAAGCUGUAGAUUAAGUCUACCACUGAUGAAGGAGCUUGGAGCAAACUUAGUGUCCUUUAUCCAGGUCACAGACCAAGUCCAACAGGUUAUCUGUCGAGUAAGGGUGGCCCAAAGUUUGCAUAGUAAUUAUCUCGAGUAUUCUCCAACUGUGUUUUGUCAGUGUCCAGAAACAAAAGAAAUAUCAAAUGAGAAGAAAGAGGUGAUGUCCCGAGUGAAAUGUAAGGAUUGCCUGUCCUCAGUGGAAAACCUGGAUAAUGAAAAUCCAUUAGCAUCAUCUGAUCAGAAUUGUGUCCAUUUAGACCUGUUAAAUACAACCAAAGCAGAUUCAGUAGAAGUUUGCAUUGUGACUAGUAUAGAACAUAUGAAAGAAAUGAAAAAUAAACCGAAAACCAAUUCUAAACAUAUAGAAACAAUAUGUAGUAAUCUUUUGCGUAAUUUUUGUGUUAAGAAAAAGUUUAUAGUAGAUUUUGAAAAUUCCUUCCAUUCAAAGCUAUACAAUAUAUCGCAUCUUAUAAUCAACCAAUGUGAAGGAGGGGAACGUAAGGGUUGUACUGAUGCCUUCGUUAUUGGUGCACAAACAAUAGUCCGUGUGAAUGGCAUACAGAGUACUGAACGAUUCACAAGUCAGUUUUCAUUUACCGCAAAUCCCUUGGGAGGCCUUGAUGAAAUUGCUCAGGAGCUUAUAGAAACAAUUACGAUUCCGAUAACUUUAACUAGGUGUUUGGGUAAUGUUGCACGGGGAUUAUUACUUCGAGGACCUCCUGGCAGUAGCAAAACUUCACUAGUCAAAUAUGUGGCAUGUCAGACUGACGCCCAUCUUGUCACCAUUAAUGGUCCAGAAGUAUUUGGGUCCCGUCCAGGUGAGACUGGGGAUAUUCUACAAAGGAUAUUUGCAAGAGCAGCAAUGUUUUCUGAUGGCAUGUUGAUGACUGUCUUAGAUAGCUUUCAUGAAACUGAUUCGCUGGUGGUAAUUGGAGCAACUAACAGGCCGUCAUCUCUGGACCCAGCCUUGCGGCGACCCGGGCGACUAGAUAAGGAGAUCAUGAUGAAUGUACCAUCCUAUCAACAACGACUCUCUAUCCUGAAGAUUCAUAUUGGCAAGCUUUCUGUGGAAUGUGACAUUGAUUUUGAAAAGCUGGCUCGUAUGACUAAUGGCUACGUUGGAGCAGACCUGGCAUCGCUGUGUCAUGAGGCAGUGUACAGUGAUAUGUCUGAGGUCAGACAUGGAGUAGACAGGGAGGAAAGAAGUUCCGUCCAAAUGAAACAUUUCCUGUAUGCUGCUAAGUCCAUAACUCCCUCCACCCAGAAAGGCCCCGAAGGACUGAUAGAUGCCCCACCUGUACUCUGGGAUGAUAUAGGGGGUCUAGAGGCCACCAAGAGUCAGAUCAGACAGGCGAUUGAGUGGCCAAUCCAGCACCCUGAAGCCUUCAGUAGAAUGGGUCUGCCCUGUCCCAAAGGGGUUCUGCUCUAUGGACCCCCUGGGUGCUGUAAAACAACCAUUGUAAGGGCUGCAGCGACAUCUUCAGGGGCCACAUUCCUGUCUCUCAGUGGGGCACAGCUGUACUCUCCUUAUGUAGGAGACUCGGAGAGGAAAGUCACUGAGAUUUUCCAAAGAGCACGGGCCGGUGCUCCAUCCAUCCUCUUCCUGGAUGAGAUUGACUCUAUAAUUGGAAAGAGGUCAGACUCAUCAAGUCAGCGUAGUGUCCAGGAGCGAGUUUUAUCCACUCUCCUUAAUGAGCUGGAUGGUAUUGGGGUCAGAAUGGAUGACCAAGUAGUAGGGACCAAAAUCCUGGAGGGAGAUGUGUGUCCAGAUAGCAGCAGUGAAGGUAGCCAGAAGGUGAAAUGUGUUGGGGAUGUCCCAGACAAGAGAAAUGUGGUAGUUGUGGCUGCCACCAACCGCCGUGACCUUCUAGAUGAAGCUCUGGUCAGGCCAGGCCGCAUGGAUAGGAUCCUUUAUGUACCCCCACCUGACACAAAGGCCCGGAGACAGAUCCUCCAUAUUUACACAAGGCGCAUGCCUAUAGAGAAUGUGGACCUAGACAGCAUUGCAAUGGUCACUGAGAACUACACUGGGGCUGACCUAGAAAGUCUUUGUAGGGAGGCAGCACUGAAAGCUUUAACAUCAGAUUUAUAUGCAGACGUGGUAAAAAUGGAGCACUUUGAAAGUGCAUUAAAACUUGUUAAACCUUCUCUCUCUGGCAACAUGGUCCAGGAAUCUCAACCUUCAGUGCCAUGGAGAUUCUGUCCUAAGGAACACUAAUAUCAUGGCGUGUGAGCUUCUUUUAUGUUAUGUGCAUUAUGUGACCUUCAAGCAAGGACAAGGAUAUCAAAGUUACAUUUGAAGUUAAACGGUGAGCAUGGUGACGGUUAGGAUGCCUAUAGAUGCUCAUUCAUGAUAUCAGAUGAAAGAGAAAUGGUGUAUCCUUUCUAACAAGCACUGCCAACAGGAAAUAUUCAAUAGUGUAACUUAAGUCAAUCACAGAUACGUACAUGUAUGUAUUGAUUGUUGCACAAAAUAUAAAAAACUUGAUUUACUUUGGACAAAGAGUGAUUAAUAUCUAUGGAAUUUUCUGUUAAAUAGUUUAUAUGUCCCUGAUUUGAAGCAUUUAUUGACUAGCUUAACAGUGAUAUACAUUUCAAGGCUUCUUGUGUUUAAGGCAUUUCAUUUGUAUUUGACUGGGUAUACCAUGUAAAGGCUCCAAAGACUGCCAUCCAUGUUUCUUUUCACUUUGCAGAAAAUGUUUUGAAAUUCAGUAAAUAUCAUUAAAAUAUUGUGUAUUGAUAUUAUUGUUUUGUCUGUUAACUCCUUAUUGUAAUGCUUUUAUAGUCUAUUUAUUGAUGAAAUGGUUAAUGAUUAUUAACAAAAUGCAACAGUUUUGCAAUAUUGUAUCUUUUUAGUUUUGUUAAAUUGAGAGGAUACUUUCACAGAAUAAAAUGCCUUUUGAAGGAAUGAUUUAUAGAU